AAGGUCACGUGAGGAGGGGCGGGGCCAAGGCUGAGGCUUCGUCGGAUCCGCUGAGGAGAAGGUUGAGAGACGCGGCGGAAGGCAGGCGGGGAGGACGCACGUCUAUCACGAGCCGACAUGGACGAGGAAGGCGGUGGCGGAGGGGGGAGCGUGCCCAGUGACCUUUCUGUGGAGGAGAGAGAAGAGCUUUUAAACAUUCGAAGGAGAAAAAAAGAAUUAAUUGAUGAUAUAGAGCGGUUAAAAUUUGAAAUUGCUGAGGUUAUGACAGAAAUUGAUAACCUAACCAGUGUGGAGGAAAGCAAAGCCACCCAAAGAAAUAAACAAAUUGCUAUGGGAAGAAAAAAAUUCAACAUGGAUCCCAAGAAGGGAAUCCAGUUUCUGAUAGAAAACGACCUCUUGCAGAAUACGGCUGAGGACAUUGCACAGUUCCUUUAUAAAGGAGAAGGGCUAAAUAAAACGGUCAUUGGAGAUUAUCUCGGCGAAAGGGAUGACUUUAAUAUUAAAGUACUUCAGGCUUUUGUUGAACUCCAUGAGUUUGCAGAUCUUAAUCUUGUACAAGCCUUAAGGCAGUUCCUGUGGAGUUUCCGGCUUCCAGGAGAGGCUCAAAAAAUCGAUCGUAUGAUGGAAGCUUUCGCUUCACGUUAUUGCCUUUGUAACCCUGGAGUUUUCCAGUCUACAGAUACAUGCUACGUGCUCUCUUUUGCAAUCAUUAUGUUAAACACUAGCCUUCACAAUCACAAUGUGAGAGACAAACCAACAGUAGAACGAUUCAUAUCUAUGAAUAGAGGCAUUAAUGAAGGCGGGGACCUCCCAGAAGAAUUACUACGGAAUUUAUAUGAAAGCAUUAAAAACGAGCCCUUUAAAAUUCCAGAAGAUGAUGGGAAUGAUUUAACCCAUACGUUUUUUAAUCCAGACCGAGAAGGCUGGCUGCUGAAAUUAGGCGGAAGAGUGAAAACGUGGAAAAGGAGGUGGUUUAUACUGACAGAUAAUUGCCUGUAUUAUUUUGAAUACACAACAGACAAGGAGCCCAGAGGGAUUAUACCCUUGGAAAACCUCAGCAUACGAGAAGUGGAGGAUCCGAGAAAACCAAAUUGUUUUGAACUGUAUAACCCUAGCCAUAAAGGGCAAGUCAUUAAAGCCUGCAAGACGGAAGCUGAUGGCAGAGUGGUAGAAGGCAACCAUGUGGUGUACAGGAUAUCUGCUCCCACUCCAGAAGAGAAGGAAGAGUGGAUCAAAUCCAUCAAGGCAAGUAUCAGCAAGGAUCCUUUUUAUGACAUGUUGGCGACCAGGAAGAGAAGAAUUGCUAACAAAAAAUAACACUAAUCCCGCGGACCCACCUAAGCCAAAUUGCUAAUGCAUCAUAAAGCCAAGGUAAAGUUCAAAGAAAACAAGAUUUGUAUUAGAAGCGUAGCCACUUUCCUGCAGCGUAUAUGGAGUCUGUGAUCGUUAAUAUUCCACGAGAUGCUGGAAGAGGCCCCAAGUCCACGGACUGAUCUAUAGAUGAACUUUACACUUUGGAAGGAAGUGUGUGCUGUUUUUUGUGUUGUUGAACCUGGAUGUGUGAUCUCUCCCUCCUGUCCUCUGGGGCCUUUGCCCAGGAUUGCUGAGUCUAGCCUUCACAACUAGCAGAGCACUCCCUAUUCCUGCCAUGGUUGCAGAUGUCUUGCUCUCUUUUGCUAAAAUUCUACUUAGCCUUUGCAACACAGAGGCCUUUUGGGCCUAAGAUGAUUUUUGCAUACAGCUCACAUCCAGUCUGCAGCACUUCGUUUAGAAAUUACUAGUCUGGCAGCUAUAUGAUUAACAGACCUCCUUCUCAUAAACAUCUGGCCAUGUACUGAAAACAUGAAGUUCCCGAAGAAAAAGGUCAUAAACAAUGCAUUUCGGCAGUAUUGCUGCAGCUUAUCUUGGGUUCUUAGAUGCCUUGGAAAUGUGUUAUUUCCCUUUUCCAGAUGUUAACCUGAAAUGUCUUCCGAAUCUGAGCUAUGUCGGGUGUCAUUUGUUGUUUUAUAUUGUUUUGUGAAGACAUGCAGCAGUCUGAUUUCACCCCCUAAUGCAGGCAUGGGCAAAUUUGGGCCCUCCGGGUGUUUUGGACUUCAACUCCUGCAAUUCCUAACAGCCUCAGG